GUAUUGAAUAAGAUACAACAAUAGUUUUACAGUAGUUCAUUUUAUACAUUUGUUGUAUAGUUGAUACAGAACCUCCAAUCUCUGCACUGUGAUUUGGGGAGUGUGAUCUUGUCUCUGCAAUGUGAUUUGGGAAGUGUGAUCUUGUCUCUGCAAUGGGAUUUGGGGAGUGUGAUCUUGUCUCUGCAAUGUUAUUGUGUGCUUGUGAUCUUAUCUCUGCUGUGUGAUUUGGGGAGUGUGGUGUUGUAUGAAGUGUUGUAUGUUGUAUGCAGAUUUUGCUUUGCAGUGUGAUCUGGAGAGUGUGAUCUUGUCUCAGUAGUGUGAUUUGGGGAGUGUGAUCUUAUCUCUGUAGUGUGAUUUGGAGAGUGAUCUUGUCUGUGCACUGUGAUUUGGGGAGUGUGAUCUUCUCUCUGCAAUGUUAUUUUGUGCUUGUGAUCUUGUCUCUGCAAUGUGAUUUGGGGAGUGUGAUCUUGUCUCUGCAGUGUAAUUUGGAGAGUGAUUUUGUCUCUGCACUGUGAUUUGGUUUUGUAUUUUUUUGUGAUUCUGCUUUUUUCCCAGUGCUUCCAUUCCCCAGGACAGCCUCAUUGCAGUAUGGCCAACCGGAUGGCCAGUUCCUGAUAGACCAGAACAUCUUACAGAUAGGAAGUGAAAUGGAUUCUGCUAGUGAAAGCACCAGGAAAAGCAUUGCGUUACUUCCUAUAGAAACACCCAAAAUGCAGAUGGACAUUGGCCCGUUGCUGGAUAUCUGUCUUGCAUCAGACCGCCCAUCGACAGGAGAGGCUUCUUUCAAUAAAAUAAAUGAGAUGAAGGACAGUGUCUCCUCACUGAAGUUCAUCACCAGCAUACUCCUUCAAGCUGAGCUGCACAUUCAAGCAUAUUCAGAAACGAUCAUCAACAUUUUGCCACAGAAAUGUCAGCCAGACUCUGUGUUCCAUCAGACAGCAAGGAUGGUCAUGUCCAUGACACCGGCUUUGAAUAGACACUAAAGAAAAAAUUAGAAGAAUCAGAAGAAUGCUUUCUUCCUCCCAUCGUAAUAACUGGAACCUGAAGGCAAGUGUCAGAGAGCUGCAAAGGAGAUGCAUGAAAAUGUGUUAAGAGAGAGAUGCACUUGACUUGAUGUUGAAGAAGAGAGAGAACAGAAUAAAAAGUGCCGAUCUGGAGCAGAAGGAAUUUAAGAAGACAUUUCAAGAGAAAGAGAUGGCUCUUCAGCAGAAGCUGGGCCAGCUUGAGCAGGACUGGAGAGCAAAGCUGGAAAGAGUGAUGGAGGAGAGGAGCGAGCACGAGCAGCGUGUGAAGAAGGAGAUCCAGGCUCUGCUCCUUAAGCUGUUCAAGACUGAGCGGCUGCACCAGACCCAGAUAUGUGACUAUGAGAUCAAGUACAGGGACUCACUAAAACUGGUGUCUGAGCUGCAGCGUCAAAUCGAGGAGCGUGAGGUUGCAGUUCUUCAGAACAAACAGGAGAAACUUGCAAAAGCAGCAAGCGAUGUCCUUGAGCCAGAGAGAGAAGGAUGGCCAUGUCUGGAGAAAUAUCUGGAGCACCACAUGAAGAAGGCCUCUAGAUUAUUAGAUGAUUGUUUGUGCUGUUUAGAGACCCUUAAGGAGGCAUUCACUCCACUGGCCUCCUGUGUUAAGACCACACCCACACCAUGGCAGCAUAUGAACCCCACACCUACCACACAGCUCCUGCAGACGACUGACAGCAUGGAGGAGGAGAGGAACAGGAGGCUCAGCAGCAUGAGAAGAAGACAUCAGAGAGAUCCAGAGGAAGUGGAAGAAGAGAAGAAAUAA